UGCUCACGCAGCGUCAAUUGGCAAAUAGUUCUGUUUGCAGCCGCUCGUUCGUUGCGUCGUCACACGCACGUCGGCAUUUUUUUCGUCUCAAACAAGUGUGCGUGAGCGUCAUCGAGAAUUUUCUCUUGCUCUGUAUCUCUCUCUCUCUCUCUCUUUCCUUCCCUCCUCUUUCUCUCUUACGCUCUCCCCGCUCUAUUAUCUGCGUCUUUUACGUGUUGCCGUUUUUCCCCACUACGGCAUUCAUCAGGCUGGGACGAACUUCGACCUCUUCGGCUGAUAACCCUCCGAUUCCCGUGAACUAGAGCGUUUGUUUUCCCCGGUAUCGGCUUCUGCGUAAACUGGCGGCGAUCAGCAAUCGCCACGAUUUUACGAGGAGCCGAGGAUCAGUAUAGUACGAUGCUUGGUGUAUCGUGGUACCAUCGAAGAUGUCGCCGUGUUUUAACAGUUUUCUCACCGUGCUCUGCCUCGUGGCUGUCGUCGUUCCUUCCUCCGCGAUCUAUGAUCCGAGAGUGACUACGAAACCGCCAGAACGUCGUGAAUCAGUGCUUCCUUGGCAUUCGAUCGACAAGGAGAAUGUAUCGCGCAUUCAAACGGGGUCUCGUUCUUUACAAUGGCAGCAACCGCAAGACAAUACUUCGUCCAAGCUUGGCAGAAAGGGUUGGUCUCCUUGGCGCAAGACUGGGGGUAGUGGAAUCGAACAAAGAACACAGAUUGAUACUCCAGAUUACGUUCGUGAGCAAGCUUCCGCGGAAAUUCCUGACCAAGAGCGUGACGUCAAAUUCGAUAAGCUUGGACAACAGGAAAACUGGAAACCUUCUCUUGAAUGUAGCGAAUUAAUAGAGUCUGAUAAAAAUAAUGGGCGUUUUAAAGAUAAAUCAAAAUACGAAAGAUGCGGUCGGCCUCAAAAUGAGAUUGACUUCGAGCAAAAGCUAUUGCCGAGAACUGAUAAUAUUAAAGAAACGCAUGUACAACGUGAGAACGAUGAUUUGUACGAGGGCAUGGCUAUUGAUAGCACGAAACCACGAAAGGAAAAUAUACUCCUUUCACAAAAGCCACAGCACAAAGUUGCAGGAUAUGAUUCUCAAUUGGGUGUUCAAUGUCCUACUCUGGAUUCCACAGGACAAUUUGUUUAUCCGCCAGAUUGCAAGUUUUUUGUUAAUUGCUGGAACGGCCGCGCAUUUCUUCAGCCAUGUGCUCCCGGCACCUUGUUUAAUCCUGAUACUCUGGAAUGUGAUUUUCCGCACAAAGUCAAAUGCUACGAGAGUGAAUCCGCCUCUCUCAGAGAGCCAUUAAGCUCCGAAUCUCAAAUUAAUAAAAAGCUACAAAGACUGCAAGAACCAAAAUGUCCAACUUCUUUUACGGGUUUGUUGCCACAUCAUGGAGAUUGCACAAAAUUUUUACAAUGCGCGCAUGGUGCAACUUAUAUUAUGAAUUGCGGCCCUGGAACAGUUUUCAAUCCCGCUAUUGGAGUAUGCGAUUGGCCACACAACGUAAAGGGUUGCGAAGAUACCUUUAAAUCUAAUGAGGAUGACAGAGUACUUAUACCUCCACAUCCGAUUUCUGGACAUGAUAAAUCGACAUAUACCGAAAUCAAGAAAAUUACAUGUCCUGCGGACUUCACUGGAUUAUUGCCGCAUCCGGAAACGUGUAAAAAAUUCCUCCAAUGUGCAAACGGUGUUACUUAUGUGAUGGAUUGUAGUCCUGGAACUGCUUUCAAUCCUAUUACGACGGUUUGUGACUGGCCGUACAACGUGCCUAGUUGUAAAACAGAUAAAUUCGGUGGUGGAGUACACAGAGCAGGGAGUGAUACUUGGUCACCAUCUACUGAUGUUAGAAGUACCACGUCGAGUUCAGGCCGAUACAAUCCCACUGAUUCGCAUGGUGUUCUUCGACCAGAGACCAGUACAACGAUUCGACCAUAUAGACCAACAUGGAAACCAUUAACGACAACUCCGAAUUCACGUUCAAUACCAACAAGGACCAUAAUGCCACCUUAUUUUCAUUCCACGCGUCCCACUUAUUACCAUGAUCGUUACGGUCAUUUUCGCGAAGGAAGUCAGUACGAAGGUCACAGGCCGACUCAUCCGAAAUGGAAACCGACAAGUGAAAAUUCCAGGCUUCCUUCCGACAGCAGUCGCAAAUUUCCGGGUCAUUCAAGUAGCAAGCAAUGGACAGGAGGAAAUCGGGGAACUGAUCAAGAUUCGCAAGGAACUUACCAUUUCGAACAUACAGAAGGAUUAUGGCCACCUGAGCGUGGAAAUCAAGAUCACGAGCGUGAUUCCGAACAUUAUCCACCUGGCCAUCAUUACCAUCAUCAUCACCAUCAUCAUCACUAUCAUGGACCACCAGUAAAUCCUCCAGCAAAUCCAAAUUGGAACUCAGGUAAUCCCAUGGCAACCACCGGUGAUCGAAGAUACAAUGAAGGACCCUAUCAAGGAUACACUCCGAACGUGGAUGACACGCGCUGGCACCCUGAUCACAAUCAUCAUCGUUAUCCUCAUCAGGAUGGCCACCAUCAUUUUGGACAUGCUGCGCCAGCUGGAACAGAUCAGAGGCAAUUUCCACCGCACUUCCCUUCCGGAAGACAUGACGAAGAUAAUGUUCACGGUGUGCAUAACGAUACGCGAUACGGUAUCGACGGUAAUUUACCAGCAAAUCGACCGGACGGUUAUGACCUCUUACCGAACAGGCAAGAUUACGGCAGGACAAGUCCUGGACUUCAUUAUCCUAGUUUCAAUCGCACUUCUUCGCCCGCUGGAAAUGUUUUCCUAAAUAGUACCGAUAAAUUUCCUGGAAGCCAGCAUCGGACCCAGGAGGGGUCGCGACAAGAUAGAGUAUCAUUUCCUAGGCCAGGACAAGAACAUACUACUUGGAAUCAGCCAGAUGGAUCUGCUUUCAAGCCGAGUACUUGGCAUGAUCAGCAAAAUCGACAACAAGUAGAAACCGAUCUGUGGGAUCGAGGCACAACCAGUCCAGCCAAUAAAGUGCAUCAAUGGCAAUCCGGAAUUAAUAUUGAUCAACAGAGCACAGCUGACAGAGAGGCGGAUAUAAAAAUGACGCAGUGGCCAUCCAAGACAAAUGUUUUUCCAGACCCAAAGAAGAAAGUAGAUUUAGGAACUAAGAAUGCGACACAACAUCCGAACACAAAUCUUUAUCCGCAUGGAAUAUACGUCAAUGUAAAUGGCAUACAAGGUCAUUACAUCACAAAGGAAAUUGAGGAUAAUCAGGGACGCUCAAAAAUUCAGCCACCGCAUGAUGCUUCCCAUCAGAAACCUGUCAGCUGGAAUAACACUUUUAAUAGUACUGAUAGAGAUCAUUCACCAUUUCAUGUCAUCAUAACGGCGACGUCCGUGACGCCCACGAUGACCCAACAUUUUCCAUCUAAACAACCUGAAUUAUCAAGGAGAGGAAGAGAUUUUGGAAAUAGUACGCAUGAGAAAGAGCUACCUACCCUCCGUAACACGAACGUUUUUAAUACAUCUAGUGUUCCAGUUGAACAAGAUGAGUAUUGGAGUAAUACAGAUGCGACGGAUGUGGAGGACCUGGAAUUCCCGGAAGUCGUCGAACCCGACAUAGAUGAUGAGGUGGAUAUAUUGGAUGAUAAAAAUGUUUGGAAGCCUAGGUUAAUUUUCGAAAAUAAGACGGAGACCACGACCGCUCCAUCGGUCAUUAUGAGAAUCGGACCGAAGAAUCUCGACGUGGAACUUUUUAAUAUCGAGGCGGCACCGUUUCAGAAAGAGGAACCUCCAUUUCCAAUUUAUUUUGUGCAGCCGGUGCAACCGUUAACUCAUUCGAAAAAAUCCGUUCGACCAACACCUAUAUCUGGCCAGGUGAUUCGCUUGAGGGGUGGUUCUGGUCCUAAUAAUGGUUAUGUCGAGGUGCAAGGUGUACAGCCCGGUUGGGGCAUUGUAUGCGAUUCCAGAAAUAGUUGGACGUUGAAAGAAGCUCAUCUUUUGUGUAAACAACUCGGUUACAUCAGAGGUGCUGAAAUGGCCUGGCAAGGUAGAAGUAAUCGCAUCGGAAUGCCGACUUGGAUUGCUGCAAAUACCGUAACGUGUCUCGGCAACGAAACUAAAUUUCAGUCAUGCAAAUUCACGCAUAAAGAGGAGUGCCGCGUGGAGAGAGAUGCAAUUGGCGUGCGAUGCAACCCCAAUCGUAUUGCGCAUUGUCGUAAGGACGAAGUACCGCAUGAGGGACACUGCUAUCACUUGGCUGAACCUGAUAGCGGCCUCAAUCAUGCCGAGGCAUUGGAACACUGCACACGACGGAAUGCACGGCUCAUCGACAUCACUAGCCAGGCGGAAAACAACUUCGUGUCGGAGUGGCUGUUGCAAUCGCAUCCGGAAGUUAGCUCGAUCAUGACUUCCGGCUUCGGUUUCACUACUAUGAAUCGCACCUUAUGGCUUUGGAGUGAUUCCGCCCGUGCCAAAUUCAAAUUUACAAAAUGGUGGCCUGGAUGGAUGAAUGAUACGAUGCAGCCACCUUGGGUAGGCUCUCGUCCUCUUUGUAUCCUAAUGAAACGAAAGUUUCCUUGUCAUGAACAAUCUGAGUCGAUUUGCAAUACAGAUUAUUUCUUCUGGGACGUUGAGGACUGUGCAACUUCAUCAAAAGGGCAUUCUUUCAUUUGCAAGAGACCUUACGACAAUAUUGGUUGCGUUUACGGGAAAGGAAAUCAAUACACUGGUACAGCCAACGUAACAUUAUCAGGAAAGAAGUGUCUUCCGUGGGCCAGUGAUAGAAUCGCACAUCAGUUACGCGUGACUGUUGUUAACUCAGAAGUUCGGGAGAAGCUAAAGAUGCACAACUACUGCAGAAAUCCUAAUCCGGCGAGAGAAUCGAGACCGUGGUGCUUCACGGAAGAUGGGAGGCACGAAUAUUGCGAUAUCCCCGCUUGUGGAAAUAUCGAUCCAAAACGGUCGAUGCUGUCUGGCCAGUGUAAACCUAAACAUUUCGAAUGUACGCCAGGAGAGUGUAUUCCGUCCCCAUGGGUCUGCGAUGGGGAGGAGGACUGCACAAACGGGGCUGAUGAAAGGAAUUGCAUGGUGGAUCUCAAUCUGUUUGAAAAAUCGGCAAAGCAUAAACUUGAGGGCUACGAUGUGGAGAAAUGGUUGAACACUCCGUUGAAAACCUGCGCCUUAAGAUGCAAAGAAGCUGAUUUCACGUGUCGCUCGUUUAGUCACAAAUCGGACGGCAACAUAUGUUUAUUAAGCGACAGCAAUAUUGGCUUAACUGGUGCGCUUAAGCCUGACAAGCAAUUUGAUUAUUACGAAAUGCGAGAGAGGAGCGUGGACUGCGACAACAUGUAUAUUUGUAGUAAUCACAAAUGCAUAAAUCAAACACAAGUCUGCGACGGCAAAAAUGACUGCAAUGAUCGCAGCGACGAGAGUAUCUGCACUAUUGAGAAUCUUGAUUACGAUAUUCGUUUGGCUGGUGCGAAUAAUACUAAUGAGGGUCGAAUCGAAGUUAAAAUUCUAGGAUACUGGGGUCAGGUAUGUGAUGACGGCUUUGGUAUGAUCAAUGCCGACGUCAUCUGCAAAGAGCUUGGUUUCAUUCAUGGAGCACUGGAAGUUAGACCAGGCGGGUUCUACGGAAACCUCGACCCACCCACGAGAUUUAUGGUGGAUCAGUUAAAGUGUCGCGGAAACGAGACUACACUACGGGAAUGCGAUUUUAACGGAUGGGGAGUUCACAAUUGUCAACCGGAAGAAGCUGUCGGCAUCGUGUGCAAGAUCGAGGUCGAUACUUGUCAGGAAGGUUACUGGAAGUGCGACAAUAGUUCAACCUGCAUACCAACUCCGUUCAUUUGCGACGAGGUGACCGAUUGUCCAGACGGCUCCGACGAGAGUUCGGAACAUUGUGAUGCACCGUUCGAGUUGCGCUUGGCAAAUGGUAGCAAUCCCAUGCAAGGAAGGGUGGAAGUACGUCAUCAUGGCGUGUGGGGUACCGUGUGCGACGACGACUUCACGAAUGCCACGGCGGCGGUCAUUUGCAGAUCCUUGGGAUACGGUGGGAUCGCAAUCGCCAAGAAAGAUGGUUUCUUUGGGCCCGGUCAAGGUCCGAUAUGGCUCGAUGAGGUUUUCUGCCACGGAAACGAGUCGCAACUAUAUCGGUGCGAACACAAUCACUGGGGCCAACAUAAUUGCGAUCAUAACGAGGACGCAGGUGUGAUUUGCUCACCCGGAAAUAUUAACAAUACCGAGAUUUAUUGGACAGACAACUCGGAAUUUACGGAACGAAGUAUCGACGAACUACUUCCGACACACUGUGGACAGCGUGCCAAAGAUUUUGACGAUGACGACGAUCUAAUAUUUCAGAAAGUAGUGCAUGGCUCUAUUGCGCCGAAGGGCACCUAUCCCUGGCAGGCCAGUAUACGAGUCCGGGGGCACAGCCGAUCAAACCACUGGUGCGGCGCGAUCGUUAUAUCACCUCUGCAUGUUCUAACAGCGGCGCAUUGUCUGGAAGGUUACAACAAGGGCACAUACUUCGUUCGCGCGGGAGAUUAUAAUACGGAUAUAGACGAGGGCACGGAAGCGGAGGCGAAUAUCGAGGAUUACUACGUGCACGAGGAAUUCCGCAAAGGUCACAGGAUGAACAAUGACAUCGCUCUGGUUCUACUUAAGGGUCGCGGCAUCCCACUUGGCAAAGAUAUCAUGCCAAUUUGCUUGCCGUUCGAGAACACCGAGUACUCGCCUGGGCUCAAUUGCACGAUCAGCGGGUUCGGCAGCAUCGAGACGGGAAAGACGGCGAAGGAUUUACGGUACGGUUGGGUGCCCUUGUUGGACCAGUCAAUUUGCCGGGCUAGUUACGUUUAUGGCGAAGGUGCCAUAAGCGAAGGGAUGAUGUGCGCCGGAUACCUCGAAGAGGGUAAUAUUGAUACGUGUGAAGGCGACUCCGGAGGUCCUCUGGCGUGUUAUCACAACGGAUCCUUCACCUUAUAUGGGAUAACCAGUUGGGGUCAGCAUUGCGGUAAAGCGAACAAGCCUGGAGUCUACGUCCGUGUAGCGCAUUAUCGUCAAUGGAUCGAUAAAAAAAUUAGAGAAUCAUUAGCAGGUAGAUAGAACGUCAUAAUCAUUGAAUUUUUUUAUCACAUACAUAUACACACACACGCGUCACAUAUGCAUGUAAAACAUUUCUAUAUUAAUUGUACAUAUACGUUUACUAAAAAUGUAUUUUUACUCUGGUACAGGCCAAUGUACAUUAACGAUAAUUGCGAGUUACAAUUUUAUAUCACAUCACCUGUAAAUAUAAUAAUAAUUAUUAGAUAUACUUACUCUGACAUAUGA